AAAACCCCCACGACCGAAGAGUUUGUUAAGCUUCAGGAGCCGUGUGUAAAAGACUGCUCUUUGAGUACAGUGUUUAUUCUCAUCUGGGACGGGUUUUAGUGAAAUGAACUGUAGUUGUGUAAUGAAAAGGGAACGACUCGGGGACUCGAGGCCAGACUCCACGCCUCCAUCCUCCAGUCUCAUCCAAACACCGGAGAAAGAAUGGGAGCAUUUUGUGUGGCCCCGGCCGGUGCUCUGAAUUCCUUCCAUGCUUAAAGGAAACUGAGCUGCUUGCUCGCUCUCUCUCUCUCUCUCUCUCUCUCUCUCUCUCACACACACACACACACACACACACACACUCAUUACAACCUGCUUCAGGAAGCACUGGAAGAUUUUACACAUUAGAACGGGUUUUGUUCCAACAAGACAAGCCCAAGGGUUUUUUUUUGUUGUUUCUUCGGUGUGUUUUUUUUUUGUUUGUUUACAGAUGAAUGAAUAAGAGUUUUUGAGAGUGUGCAACAAAGAGAGAGAGAGAGAGAGAGAGAGAGAGAGAGUUAAAACGACCCGUGGAAGUGGGAGGUGGGAAAAGAGUUUCCUGUUGUUGGACAAGAUCAGUCAGGACAGAGCGAGCAAGCGAGCAGCACAAAGAGACAGAAAGUUCAGACCGAGAGAGAGAGAGGAGAAGAUGGGGUUAGCUGUGCUCCUGCUUGCUGCGUUGGCAUUGCCGUGCGUGUCCUGGGCUGAGACCGAAGGAAACAGCACCGCUCUCGGGCAGGACCGGACCGCUCAGGAUAUCCAGAGUGACUGGGUGAGAGGGAGAGGAGACACUCCAGACAUCGAGGAGCCCGAGCCCGUGCCCGAGCCCGUGCCCGAGCCCGAACCCGAGCCCGAGCCCGAACCCGAGCCCGAACCCGAGCCCGAACCCGAGCCCACGGCUGCCGAAUCCGACUACGAGAGCAACUACAACUACUUGUUGUCCAGGCUGGCAGCGAUGGACCAGGCCAUCCAUAAGCUGAACGUGGGCCAUUACACGCUGGACGUGAAGGUGAGCCAGCUGCAGGACCGGUUGUUGCGGAUGGAGGGCAAAGUGGCCGACGUCGAGGACUCCAUCCACGACGUCUCGAACUUCUGCAAGGACAACCGCAAAGAAAUCGGCCGUCUGGAAGGUUGCGUUAAGGGCCGGAAAGUGGGCCAGAAGUGCUUCCUGGUGUACCGUGUCUACGACACUUACGUCGGCGCUUCUCAGAAAUGCCAGGAGCGCGGCGGACGCAUGGCGAUGCCGCGAGAUCGCCGUGAACAAGAGGCUCUGGCUGAGUACGUGAAGCUGGCGUUACCCGGUAGCAACUGGCCCGUGUGGCUGGGCAUUAACGACCUGCGCUCUGAGGGGCUCUACCUGUUCGACGACGGCACGCGCGUCACCUAUUUCCAGUGGAGGAAGCACUUCCUGUCCAGCCAACCCGACGGCGGGAAACGCGAGAACUGCGUCGCCAUGUCCUCCGACGACGGAGACUGGUGGGACAACUACUGCGACCGGCGCAUGUACUACCUGUGCGAGUUUGAGGCUUGACCUCUGACUCCGAUGUGUUCCUGUAAUUAGGGGUGGAGCCCAAAGUCAUAUAACUCAAAUCUAAAAGGUGCAGUUUGUAAUGUUUUUCUCUCCAGCCUUCCUCCACAAACAACCGCCAGACAUCUGUUGAAACGACAUAUUUCUCGUGAGCCGGGCAGCUGUUUUCCAGCUGGGGGGCGGAGCUCAUUUCAGGGCCAGAAAUACAGUAUGUAAUCCGAAGGCCUGAAACGAAUCCAUUGAACGGCAACCGAAUGGCGAUGUCUCUCUUAUCCUUCGAUUACUUCAAAACGACGUAGGAGUAUUAUUUUCUCUGAUUCUCGCCGCUGAAAUAUGUGACACACUGUAGCUUUCUCUUCGAUGACGUCCUUAUUAUUAUUAUUAUUAUUAUUAUUAUAGAAAGCCUUCUUUCUCACACGCGUACCGUCACGUCCGUAAUAACGUCCCGCCUUCUACUUAGGGGACGUAGUUAGACGAGUACUUUUAACCGCUUCAUCGUUUCUUUACUUACAAUUUAACGCACAUGGAGUUAACGAUAAAAAAGGUAUUCUCUGUUACAAAUAAAUAAAUAAAUAAAUAAACAAACAAAUAAAUAAAUGAAAAGGGAAGUUCCUGACUACUUCGACUGGAUUCAAAGGAAACCUUCUUAUUUCAUUGGAAUCCGUUUCUGUACUAUUCAUUUCCACACUAUUUUAACGAGAUACGGUUUAUAAAUGUACCUGGUGUAUAUGUAUAUAUAUUUUAUAUAACGACCGGAUGCUUGUGGCGGUUUGGGGGAAAAUGAAUAAAUAAACGGUCGGAUGUGGUUGCAUUCAAUAAAAGUCUAUAGUUUUUA